UUCAGAGUGCUCGGUGAUGAAUCAUGGUGUCACCACUGCAGCUGCACUUGUUGCAGAUGAAAUUUUGUCAGCAAAAUUCUGAGAUUAGCUUGGUUUCUUGGAAGUUCGGUUGAAUUAGAUGUUGAAAGCAAUUCAAGUUAUGGCCAAUAACCAUUCUCUGAAGGCAGCACUAAAUCUUCACCUUUUACGACCAUUAGCUUUCGGUAAUGUCUAGAACCACACUACCUUGAAUUGCUAGCUUUCACUAUCCCUAUUUUCAUUGGCUUGGCUGCAUUAAACUCUGCUGAAUGAGUCUAUUUAUGUUUUCUUUUUAAAUUUUUAGGACGUUUUAAAUCUUUACCAUCAAGAUCACUCAAUAUUAUCUUUAUAGUUUUUCUCGCAGUUAGUGUGAUCCAUCUCAAGAUAUCCAUAUAGUCAUGUCUAUACUUUAGAAAAGAUUACAGAAACUUUGACACUCCGAAUAAUUUACUCAUUUUGGAAUCAUAACAUAAUUCGAUUGCAUCUCAACUUAGAAUAGAGUGUUUGUGCUUCCUAGAUCUUCACCUUAUUAUUACUUUUGUACAUUCUACAUUGGAAGCAGCAAUGAUUUUAGGAUUAACAAUUCCAAAAUCUUGUAUUGGUUCAUGUUCUUCAUUUUGCAUCUAGUUUUUGAACUAACCCAUCAGUCUCCCAAUCAGAAAACCAAUUUUUUAAAGCUCCUUUAUCAACUUUUGACAACAACUUUCAUAGUGGAAACACAUGCAUUAUGCACCAAAUACUUGACUAGACAACCAUCAUGUAUUUUUAGGUUGUUCUACAAGCCAAAUGAGAGGAUAUAAAAAAUUGCAUUGGCUUAUAGAUCGAUUUGAUAAGCUAGAGUUUGAGAAUAUAGGCUUCAAUGGGGCAAUUUGUACCUCAUGUGGCAUCUGGUUUUGUAUUCACUUUUCUUGGCCUUUGGCACACUGUGAAUACAAUCAAAACCCAUAAUCUCAAAGGCUCUUCAAGCUUCAAGGUAAGAUUUUGGUACCCUCUUGAUCGGCCGCUUUCCAAACUCAAGUAUUUGGAGCUCGUUUUCGUGUUCUCUUUUUCAGUAUUUGCAAUUUUCAGACAAUUUUGGGAGUACCCUUUUGUUCAUUUGUCUUUCAGAGUCAUCAACUUGGAGCAUGCAACCAUGUUCCUCCACCUUGCCAUAUUUUCGGGUUUCGCCCUCUACAGCGAGUUGAAUAACUCAUCAAACUUGUUGUCUGGGGUGGAGGGCAUCUUUGCAGCCUGUGUCUUCAGUCAAGAACUGUUCUUGCUUCAUUUCCACUCGGCUGACCACAAUGGCAUUGAAGGCCAUUACCAUUGGCUCUUGCAGCUCAUAGUGUUUGCAUCUCUCGUGUCGGUGCUCGUAGUUGCUUGUUGUCCUACUAACUUCCCUGCAGCUCUUGUUGUUUCAUUGUUGGUUGUUCUGCAAGGGUGUUGGUUCAUGAACAUGGGGUUCAUGCUAUGGGUUCCAAGCCUGGUUCCUAAGGGCUGCAGCAUGAGGAUCAUUGAAGAAAAAAUGCUGGGAGCAGUCAUUUGUGCAACCAAGGAAGCUGAUAUGAGGGCUCGAGCACUUGCCAACCUGCAAUUCAGUUGGAUACUUGCAGGGAUUCUUAUAUUUACUGGAUUUAUAAGCCUCAGAUAUACUAAAUCUGAAAAUUGCAGCUCGAAGAUCCAGUUAUCGGAUUACGAGCAGCUUUGAGUGGCGCAAAAGAUUUCAAUAUGCAUUGACACAGCUACCAGCUGCUGGUGAAUCAACCGGUCUAAAGAUUGUGAUUGUUCUGUUUGUUAAAACCAUCAAUCAGAAUGUAUACAUAUAGAACUUAUGUACAUGUUGUAGACUGAAACUUGCUAGAUUAUGCAACUUUCUUGAUGAACUUAGUAGAGUAAGUCGAGUUUAACCGAA